AGAAGCAACUGGGUUGGUUCUGUCGUAAGGCCAGCUUGUCCUGGACUGGCACUCUCUGGCUUCCUCUCGUAAUGUCAUUCUCAUAUGCUAAAGAGAAGCCUUUCUUCUUUUUUUUCACCACAGUUCUCUCCCUCUACUUGUCCUCGCUUAAAGCCUGAAGCUAAAAGAUAAAGUAGAAGAAAAGCCAACAUUUUCAUUUCUUUAAUUUGGGCUGUAUAUUUGGAACUUCCUUUCUUCUCUGUGUCCACAUGCUUUGAAGGUUUAACUUGUUUAUUCAGCCAAUGCCAACUUUAGUCUCCUGUGUAAUAGCACAAUGAAUGCCAUUUCUUUGUUGACAGCAUAGUGGUCUAGUUUCAUACUGAAAGAACUGAAGAAAUUAGUCUCAUUCUGAAAGCACUGAGGUGAAGUGCUUGGUAAUCUGGGGUCUAAAAGAAACCAUGGAAGAGAGUUUUGUACCAUUUCGUGGAAUCAAGAAUGAUAUUCGGGGAAGAUUGAAGUGUUAUAAGCAAGACUGGACUGGUGGUUUUAAGGCAGGCUUCAGGAUUCUGGCACCCACGACAUAUAUAUUUUUUGCAUCGGCAAUUCCAGUUAUAUCGUUUGGGGAACAGUUAGACAGAGAUACAGAUGGGACUCUCACUGCUGUUCAAACCUUAGCUUCUACUGCAUUUUGUGGAAUUAUUCACUCUAUCAUAGGAGGUCAGCCUUUACUGAUUCUUGGAGUUGCAGAGCCAACUGUAAUCAUGUACACAUUCAUGUUCAAUUUUGCAAAAAGUCGGACAGAUUUGGGACCAAAGCUCUUUCUAGCAUGGACUGGGUGGGUGUGCAUAUGGACUGCAAUCUUGCUGUUCUUGUUGGCUGUCCUAGGUGCUUGCUCUAUCAUCAAUAGGUUCACUCGCAUUGCAGGGGAAUUGUUUGGCCUACUUAUUGCAAUGCUUUUCAUGCAGGAAGCCAUUAAAGGACUGGUUGAUGAAUUUCGUAUACCAAAAAGAGAAAAUCCAAAGUCAAUCGAGUACCUGUAUUCAUGGAGAUUUGCCAAUGGAAUGUUUGCUUUGGUUUUGGCUUUUGGUCUUCUGCAUACUGCAUUAAGAAGCAGAAAAGCACGGUCUUGGCGUUACGGGUCUGGGUCGCUGCGAGGCUUCAUAGCUGAUUAUGGUGUUCCAUUGAUGGUUCUGGUCUGGACAGCUGUUUCUUACAUACCAGCUGGAAGUGUUCCAAAAGGAAUCCCAAGGCGCCUCUUUAGUCUGAAUCCAUGGUCACCAGGUGCUUAUGAGAAUUGGACUGUCAUAAAGGACAUGGUGGAUGUGCCAGUUCUGUAUAUAAUUGGAGCUUUUGUGCCAGCAACAAUGAUUGCUGUGCUCUAUUAUUUUGACCAUAGCGUUGCAUCUCAGCUUGCACAGCAGCAAGAAUUCAAUUUGAGAAAGCCUCCUUCUUUCCAUUACGAUUUACUUCUUUUGGGGUUCAUGGUCAUAGUCUGUGGUCUUCUCGGUAUCCCUCCAUCAAAUGGUGUCAUUCCACAAUCUCCAAUGCAUACCAAAAGUUUGGCUACCCUGAAGCACCAGUUACUUCGAAAUCGACUUGUGACAACUGCUCGCAAAUUUAUUGGUAAGAAUGCAAGCUUGGAACAAGUUUAUGGGAGCAUGCAGGAAGCAUACCAACAGAUGCAGACACCACUUACUUACCAGCAACCUUCCACUGUGGGGCUGAAGGAAUUGAACACAGGGAAUAUUGAUGCCCCAGUUGAUGAGAGUAUAUUUGAUAUUGAGAAAGAGAUCGACAAUUUAUUGCCUGUUGAGGUGAAAGAACAGCGGCUGAGUAACUUGCUCCAAUCUACAAUGGUAGGAGGAUGUGUUGCAGCAAUGCCCCUUCUUAAAAUGAUCCCUACAUCAGUACUCUGGGGCUAUUUUGCCUAUAUGGCCAUUGAAAGCUUGCCGGGCAAUCAGUUCUGGGAGCGAAUAUUAUUGCUCCUCACUGCUCCAAGCAGAAGAUUCAAAGUACUGGAGAAUUACCAUGCCACCUUCAUCGAAACUGUACCCUUCAAGACAAUUGCAGUAUUUACGAUUUUCCAGACGGCUUACUUGCUUGUUUGUUUUGGGAUUACAUGGGUUCCCAUUGCUGGGGUACUUUUCCCGCUCAUGAUCAUGCUUUUAGUUCCUGUGAGGCAAUACAUAUUGCCCAGGUUUUUCAAAGGAGCACACCUUCAAGAUUUAGAUGCUGCAGAGUACGAAGAGGCGCCAGCUUUAUCAUUCAACCUAACAUCUAUGAGUAGGAACACUUCAUCUUCACAGCCGGAAAGAGAGAUGAGUAGGGAUACCUCAUUUUCACAGCAGGAAAGAGUGAUGAGUAGGGAUACUUCAUUUUCACGGCAGGAAAGAGUGAUGAGUAGGAAUACUUCAUUUGCUGAUCAUGGAGAAAUUUUAGACGGGAUGGUUACAAGAAGCCGCGGUGAGAUUAGACGCAUGUGCAGUCUCAAAUUCUCAAGUUGCAGUGUUUCAUCAUCUGGAGAAUUGAAAAGCGUUCAGAGCCCGAGGGUCUCGGAUAAGGUGUACAGUCCCCGUGUAAGUGAACUGAGAGCAGAGCAGAGUCCACGACAAGGUGGAAGAGGACCAUUCAGUCCAGCAAAACCAUCUAAUUUAGGUAAAAGUGUUUAAAGAAAGCUGUUAGAAAUGGCGAUGAUUGGCUUUGUGGAAAUAUUUGUAGAAGAGAUUGUAUUCAAUUUGAAUCUGUAUUGUUAUUCAA